AUGUUGGGCUUAGCUCCGUUAUCCUUGAGAGACGAUAAGGCUCUCAAGGCUUCUGUCUAUGAACGUUGUUAUCCUUUGAUCUUGUGCGGAGUACUUCUCACUUGUGUCACGUCGUGGCUUCUUUUCAUCCACAAGCACGAUCAGUUCGUCGAAAUCAUCGACACCUUUUACGCGAUAGAUACAUCGUUACAAGACGGAUUCGGCGUUCGUCAAAACUAUAAACAGUUGUUCAGAUGUACCGCCAUUCAGGUGCUGAUAGUCGUCGGUGGAAAUAUUGGCCUCGAAACAAUAACCCACGUGCUGAUUUCACCAACGUCAACCUACGAUGUGACGUUUUGGUACUUCUACAACAUGACUUACUUGGUUCGCCACUGCAUCGUUUUGAUCUUCGUCAAUGUUCUGCUCUCUGCGAAACGCCGGUUCAACAUUCUGAGCAGAAAGUUGCUCGAGGUCUGCAGCACAGACACGGACGAGCUUCCGAUAUUUCAAGGGCGAGCCAAUACCUUCGUUUCUAAACGAGAACCUUGUUCGGAAAGAACUGCGGAUCAAGGAGCCAGACUCGUUUACGAGGCGCAGGAACAAAUAAGGAGCAUCAAAGAGCUGCACGGGCUCUUGUGCGACCUCACGGAAGAUAUUAACGACGUUUUUUCGGGGCCGCUCCUGCUCACCAUAUUUCUAUACUUACUGGGCUUACUGGCGAAUACCUGGUACAUGUACGUGGCGAUGCAUGCACAUUGGAUAUUUGACAGACCAUUCGAUCCGGGCCAAGUCUACGCGAGUAUCACUGAUAUUGCUGUGAUGACGAACGUACUACUCGCAAUAGCCAUAUUUUGCUCAUCAACGUCUACGAUUAUUUUUUACACCUUCGAAACACUGGUGAACUAUUUUCAUUUAUACCAUCUUGUUACAAACGACGAAUGGAGUCAUUCUCAGAUACACGUGGCUUUUUCCUGUUCUCUGUGGUUGAUUUUGCUGAAGGUGGAGCUAUUUACUAUCGCCACAGUUUGUUCUUCGAUUCAAGCAACGGGAAAUUCGAUAGGAACCAUUCUUCAUAGAAUUUGGAUUCGAUACCAUCCAACCCAGUUAAAAAAUGAGAUUCAGAUGUUCUCUCUACAGUUACUCCAAAGACCACUCCGCAUAUCUGCUUUCGGAUUUUUUUCACUGGAUUAUUCUUACCUGUACAAGAUAUUCAGCGCUGUGGUGGCCUACUUUGUAAUCAUGGUGCAACUAGAUACUUCUAAAGCGCGCUCUAUUUCCACCCCCAAUAGCACCGAGUGGAAUGGAACGGACAUGAAUUAG